AUGAGUAAGGUGUCCCGUCUCCACAUGCUGUGCUCUAUGGCGAACUCUGGCUGUGUGCUACUGUCCGGGUCUGGGAUGUUGCCCCAUUCUCUGCAGUGCCCCCCUGCUUUUCUCUAUCUGCCCCAGGGUAACCAAGAGGCCCCAGCUCCCCCUGACGCCAUGGCUCAACCUUUCCCACAAACCCAGUACCCACCUCCUUCACAGAAUGGGAUCCCGGCUGAGUAUGCUACACCCCACACCCACCCACCGGCUGACUAUACAGGACCAAGCACAGUGGGAGAGCAUACCUUAACACUAUACACAGCAACACACACACAGAGUGAGCAGCCAGGAAAUGACAGCAGCACCCCAACUCUUACUACUAACACAGUAUCGCAGCCAGAAGAGGUGGCACAGACAGAGGGCUCCCAACAGCUCCACCUGCAGCCCAGCGAUUCGUUAGAGAAGCAGCAACCCAAGAGGUUACAUGUCUCUAACAUCCCUUUCCGUUUCCGGGACCCUGACCUGCGGCAAAUGUUUGGGCAAUUUGGAAAGAUUUUAGACGUGGAGAUUAUUUUUAAUGAGCGAGGCUCCAAGGGUUUUGGGUUUGUAACAUUUGAAACGAGUGCAGAUGCUGACCAUGCACGGGAGAAACUAAAUGGUACAAUCGUAGAGGGACGAAAAAUAGAGGUCAAUAAUGCCACAGCCAGAGUAAUGACCAACAAAAAGAUGGCAAACCCAUACACAAAUGGCUGGAAGCUGAAUCCAGUGGUUGGAGCAGUAUAUGGUCCUGAAUUUUAUGCAGUGGCAGGUUUUCCAUACCCCAGUACAGGAGCAACUGUUGCGUAUAGAGGAGCUCAUUUGAGAGGCCGGGGCCGAGCCAUCUACAACACAUUCCGUGCUGCACCUCCUCCUCAACCUAUCCCCACCUAUGGAGCUGUGGUCUACCAAGAUGGAUUUUAUGGGGCAGAAAUAUAUGGAGGCUAUGCAGCCUACAGAUAUGCACAGCCAGCUGGUACUGCUGCAGCUGCUUAUAGUGACAGCUAUGGCAGAGUCUAUGCAACUGCAGACCCCUAUCAUCAUACGAUUGGUCCUGUAGCCACAUACAGUGUGGGCACUAUGUAAAUAAAAGAAAAAGUGAGUACAGAUGGACAUCUAAAAAAAAAAGAGAGAGAGAGAAGAUCAGCGUGGACACAGAAGGACACUAACAGAGAUCAACUAAACGAAAAUACGCAGAUUUG